CUUCCGUUCAACUUUCUUCUUUCCCAAACAGAAGUCCAGGGCAUGAAAAAAAGAUGCAAAAAAGAAAAAGAAAAAAAGAAAGGACUGGCUGACAGGCUGAGUGGCACGUGUGGGGCACUAAGUAAACUCACAACUAAACCCACUCGAAUGAGCGACAAACUCUCUGUAGCCUGUACUAAACUCACCCUUGGCCGUCGCGCACACACAAAUGGAGACACUGUUAGGUUCUUCUUCAUCUUCUUCAAUUGCCCCACUUUUCUCUCUCUCCAAACACACAUAUUCGAGCCCUAAAUCACUCUCUUUUUCAUUACCCAAGAGACCACCACCGGCGGCCUCACAACACAUGAACUCGUCUAUCCACGACGGCGGUGUUCAUCCGCCGCCACCGGAGACUAAGGAGGCGAAGCUAUGGGGCGGACGGUUCGAGGAUAGCGUCACCGACGCGGUGGAGAAGUUCACGGAGUCGAUCUCCUACGACAAGGCCCUCUACAAGCACGACAUCAUGGGAAGUCGAGCUCACGCCGAAAUGCUCGCUCACCAGGGACUGAUUAGCGACAGUGAUAGGGAUAGUAUCUUGCUAGGACUCCAUGAGAUAGAGAGACGAAUUGAAGCGGGUGAAUUUGUGUGGAGGACCGACAGAGAGGACGUGCAUAUGAACAUUGAAGCAGCACUUACUGAUCUGAUUGGUGAACCUGCAAAGAAGCUUCAUACGGCUCGAAGUCGAAAUGAUCAAGUUUUGACUGAUUUUCGCCUGUGGUGUCGUGAUGCUAUUGGUACAAUCCUUGCAAGCAUUAAACAUCUUCAGGUGGCACUGGUCAACUUGGCUGAGAAGAAUGAGGGUCUGAUUGUUCCUGGUUAUACACAUUUACAAAGGGCGCAGCCUAUUCUAUUGCAACAUCUUCUAUUAGCAUAUGUUGAGCAGCUUGAACGCGAUGCUGGUCGUUUACUGGAUUGCAGAGUUAGGAUGAAUUUCUGCCCUUUAGGUGCAUGUGCGUUAGCUGGCACUGGUCUUCCAAUUGAUAGGUUUAUGACUUCUGAUGCUUUGGGAUUCACUGCUCCCAUGAGGAACAGCAUUGAUGCAGUUUCAGACCGAGAUUUUGUCUUGGAGUUUCUUUCCGCUAAUUCCAUCACAGCCGUUCAUCUUUCUCGGCUUGGUGAAGAAUGGGUAUUGUGGGCAUCAGAGGAGUUCGGAUUUCUUAUCCCUAAUGACUCUGUUUCAACUGGGAGUAGUAUAAUGCCUCAGAAGAAAAACCCAGAUCCGAUGGAACUUGUUCGUGGAAAAUCUGCUCGAGUUGUUGGAGACCUGGUUUCCCUUCUUGUAUUAUGCAAGGGACUUCCUCAUGCUUACAAUCGUGAUUUACAGGAAGAUAAGGAGCCUGUAUUUGACAGCGUGAAAACAAUCAUAGGAAUGCUGGAAGUGUCAGCAGAAUUUGCGCAGAACAUUACCUUUAAUAGGGAGAGAAUACAGAAGGCUUUACCAGCUGGUCAUCUUGAUGCCACGACACUUGCAGAUUAUCUGGUGAAGAAGGGAAUUCCUUUCAGAACUUCUCAUGAUAUAGUUGGACGGUCUGUCGCGUUGUGUGUUUCCAGAAACUGCCAGCUUCAGGACCUGAGUCUUGCUGAGAUGAGGAAUAUAAGCCCUGUGUUUGACAAGGAUGUUUACGAGUUCCUUGGAGCAGACAAUUCAAUUAAAAAAUUUUGUUCAUAUGGCUCCACAGGUUCAGAAUGUGUUGCCACUCAACUCAAUUAUUGGGUAGAAAAACUUGGCAUCAACAGAGACUGAGACCAUCAAUAAUGAAUGGUGCCAUGAAAGUUCUCUGAGACACAGUGCUUACUACAUUUGAGGUUCUAUUAGUGAAGAAUUGGAAUUGCAGUAUGCUAAUUAUAGCCAUUCAGAACAUUACCAGAAAAGGAAAAUUUUGUCUGUAUAAGAUUACCAGAUCUUUAAUGAACAAUUAUUUAAUGUAUCAGAGACUCGAGGGUUUCGUCGGCACCCUUUAUAUGAGAGUUACCUGCAUUUAGAGCUCCAUUUUUUUUUCUUUCCUGCAAGUCGUACUACUUCGAAGAUAAAAAUCAUCACUAUACCAGAUCAAUAAUGUUCUCACUGAAAUAAUGUGAAUGUCCAUGGUUCAGAAUUUAUCUUCUA